AUGCUAGCGCCCAGCACCAUGGGAAGUACAGAGUUGCGCAUCGACCGCAGGCCACAUCCAGACCUUCCUUGGGAUACGGACAACAUCUUCAAACAUAAAUACGCAUCGUCGCGAUCUAGUUGGCGGCCCUCCUGGUUGGCACGAUCGUCUACGAGCAGCAAGUCUCAACGAUCCAGCUCGAGCACGUCCCGAAGCGACAGUAUUUCCACACGACCAGCCUCCGCAACUAAUGUAUAUCGAUUGCCGGAUGCCUCUCAUGGCCGGCCAAAGGAGACAGAGCUUAUACCAAGUGACAAGAGUCCAACAGUCCCCGAAAUGCGGUACGAAUUCAUGGAUGAGACAUUUGACUUCCCACUACCGACCGCGAAAACUUGUCCAGAGCCCAACGCAGUCGUUGAUGAUGCAUCAGAGCAUUCAAGUAUUGUACCAUCGACCGCGAAAAGUACCAAGCAGAGGAGUUCGGAAUGCGACAGCCUUGCGAGACAUCCCCUGCCCUCAACACAUGAUGCACGAUCACAGACUUCGAUCGGGCGAGGUUCAAUAGCGUCGAGGGCUUCUACAAGUACCAGCGGUGGAACUCGUGCCUCCACAGAUGGCGCUGAGAUUGAAAUGGCAUCGGAAGAGCACUUCGGUUACUGGAAUGCGUCCUUUGCGGUCCGAAUCCCGGUCAACGCUGCCCUUUGCGGCGGCUUCCUGCUUCGGGUCAAGAUUUCGCAGCGGCAGACGCCAGCUCACGCCAUCUCGAGUCGUGACAUUUGCCUCGAUACAGAAGUGAUGCAGCUUUCGGCUGUGUUGGCCAGAGCUACUUCCCCGGCUCAGUUGGUGCGCCAACUGCAGACACUGAAGCUCGCAUCUGCAAUUGUCGUGCUCAAGACAAGCUUGGAAGCUGCUCAGACUCCAGGUAUUCCAUUGAAGGUCGCCGAAAAAUUGCAGAGGAGGAAUAUGGAAACCACCAAGAAGGACCGACCCCUUUGGCCUGACAUGGUAAAACAGCUCAAGAAAGUACCUCAAGACCGACUUGUGCUCUUAAUGUUCCUAGUGAGCAUUGCGCGCAGACUGCAACGCGCAGGAGUGACAAUCGAUGGGAAUGAGCCCGCGGUUUAUCUGCUCCAGAGCAUGUGGCCUCCGAGCUGGGUGGUGUCCGACCUCUCACGGAUGUUGGUGGAGCAUUUUGACGACAUUCCUGGCGAGUUUCCCACGAGGUUGACGGCUAUCAAUUAUCGUCUUGCGGCAGGGAAGCGGCACAAUAUGCUGACGGCGAUGGAGCAUCAGGAACGAGCAGCGACUGAGGCAGCUUUGGCAGGAGGGAGAUAUCUGCAGCUGGGAUUGUGCUGA